CUGUUAUACUGAGCGAAGCUGAAAUAUUCGUUUGUUGUUGUUUUUUCUGCUCCUAGCCUGUUGUCGCUGUUAGCUGAGCGGUUAGCCUGGUGUUUGCUUCCACUGACUUUCUCACCGACUAAAAUGUUUUGGUGUGCUACGAGGCGUGAAAUCUCACUGGAAAACGAGUAACGCGUUUAUCUUCUGUAAGUUCGUCGAAAUGUCUUCUUUUGAACAGCAGCGCUCAUUCAAGAGGCUUUAUUUUAGGCAUUUUAACAAGAACGUGUAAUGCCUGAACUGUUAUUUGCGGCCAACCUUAUUCAUGUCGAGUUUAUCAGGAACAUAGAGCUCAGCUUAAGGAAAUGAAAAUGGGACGCAUCUUCCUGGAUCAUAUUGGCGGGACGCGCCUCUUCUCUUGCGCCAACUGCGACACCAUCCUGACGAAUCGGUCCGAACUCAUCUCCACACGCUUCACAGGAGCCACAGGCAGAGCUUUCCUCUUCAACAAGGUGGUGAACCUCCAGUACAGCGAAGUGCAGGACAGAGUGAUGCUCACCGGCAGGCACAUGGUGCGGGACGUCAGCUGCAAGAACUGCAACAGCAAGCUGGGCUGGAUCUACGAGUUUGCCACCGAGGACAGCCAGCGGUACAAAGAGGGCCGCGUCAUCCUGGAGAGGGCGCUGGUGAGGGAGAGCGAAGGCUUCGAGGAGCACGUCCCCUCGGACAACUCCUGAGUUCCCGGACCCGCUCGCGCCCUCCCGCUCCGCUUCUGCCUUCCCUCCACGAUGCACAUCAUCACCUGCACACUUGGGGUGGGGGUAUGGGGGGGGGACCUGUGAGGUUUUGACUUCAGCUUCCCUCUCCUUCCCUAACCUUUGACCUCUUUCAAUUUUUUUAAAAUGAUAAAUAAAUAAAUCGUGUGCUGGAUAGGCAUCCCUCGCCCCCCCAAAAA